GUGUGGGAGUUAUUGCUUUCUGAAUAUAUCUCAGCAGAAAAGAGAGAGCAGCUGAUACGACAGUACAAAACAGGAGCUUUGAAAUUAGAGGAAAUCAUUGAAAUCCUGACAGUUAUCAUCACAGAACUCUCAACUAAAGAAAGAAAGUUCAAAGGACUAAGAAAACAGGUCUCAGCUAGUGAACUGUUAGAGUCAAAAAUUAUCUCAAAGGAGAUUUUUGACAAAAUUAUGCAGGGCAAAAUAAGUGAGAAAAAUGUGACUGAAAUUGAGUCCAUUCAGAAGUACCUUGGAGCGACAAACUGCAUAGCGGGUGUCAGACUGGAAUCAACAAAGACCGUUAUGAGCAUUUAUGAAGCUAAAUGCCGAGGUCUACUAACUCCUGGUACCUCCCUAAUUCUGCUGGAAGCCCAAGCUGCCACUGGCUUUGUCAUUGACCCAGUAAACAAUAAGAAACUUUCAGUAGAGGAAGCUGUUGAUCAAGGAGUAGUUGGGAAAGAAUGGAAGAAGAAAUUGCUCUCAGCAGAAAGAGCAGUCACAGGAUACAAAGAUCCCUACACUGGAAACACAAUUUCUUUGUUCCAGGCCCUGAAGAAAGAUCUGAUUGUUAAGGAUCACGGGAUCCGUCUUCUGGAGGCGCAGAUUGCAACAGGAGGAAUAAUAGAUCCAGUCCACAGUCACAGGGUGCCUGUACAGGUGGCAUACCAAAGAGGUUACUUUGAUGAAGAGAUGAACCAUAUCUUAUCUGAUCCAGAUGAUGACACCAAGGGUUUCUUUGACCCCAACACCAAGGAGAACCUUACAUACCUCCAGCUGAUCGAGAGAUGUAUUACAGAUCCUGCUACAGGUCUCAGUUUACUGGUCAUUGUAAAGAAAGGCGAGUUCUACUUCUUUGUUGAUGAGGCCACAAAGGUCAUCCUAAAGUCUACAACAACAACCAAAGCUGGAGGAAAAUACAAAGGUACCACAGUUUCUCUGUGGGAUUUGCUUUACUCCAAAUACAUCACCGAGGAAAAGAGGAGAGAUCUUGUCCAGCAGUUCAAAGCUGGAACACUCACCAUCGACCACUUCUUGGAAAUCAUCUUGUCCAUCAUUCAGCAGAAGACCACAACAACAACCACCACAACAAUCACAGAAACUACUGAGGAAAAAACCUUCAAGGGAAUCAGAAAAGAUGUCAACUUGACUGAACUAGUUGAAUCAAAGAUUAUUGAUGAGGAACUCUACAAGAAGAUUGUUGAUGAAGAUGUCACAGUGGCUGAAGUCAGUGAAAUGGAUUCAGUACGUAAGUACCUUGAAGGAACCAACAGCAUUGCAGGAGUGUACAUCCAGUCCACCAAGGAGACGCUGAGCAUCUAUGAAGCCAAAGGCCGAGGUCUACUGACUCCUGGUACCUCUCUGGUUCUGCUGGAAGCCCAAGCCGCCACUGGUUUCAUGAUCGACCCAGUAAAGAACAAGAAACUUUCUGUAGAGGAAGCUGUUGGUCAAAAACUGGUUGGUAAAGAAUGGAAGGACAAACUGAUAUCAGCAGAAAGAGCGGUCACAGGAUACAAAGAUCCCUACACUGGAAACACAAUUUCUUUGUUCCAGGCCCUGAAGAAAGAUCUGAUUGUUAAGGAUCACGGGAUCCGUCUUCUGGAGGCGCAGAUUGCAACAGGAGGAAUAAUAGAUCCAGUCCACAGUCACAGGGUGCCUGUACAGGUGGCAUACCAAAGAGGUUACUUUGAUGAAGAGAUGAACCAUAUCUUAUCUGAUCCAGAUGAUGACACCAAGGGUUUCUUUGACCCCAACACCAAGGAGAACCUUACAUACCUCCAGCUGAUCGAGAGAUGUAUUACAGAUCCUGCUACAGGUCUCAGUUUACUGGUCAUUGUAAAGAAAGGCGAGUUCUACUUCUUUGUUGAUGAGGCCACAAAGGUCAUCCUAAAGUCUACAACAACAACCAAAGCUGGAGGAAAAUACAAAGGUACCACAGUUUCUCUGUGGGAUUUGCUUUACUCCAAAUACAUCACCGAGGAAAAGAGGAGAGAUCUUGUCCAGCAGUUCAAAGCUGGAACACUCACCAUCGACCACUUCUUGGAAAUCAUCUUGUCCAUCAUUCAGCAGAAGACCACAACAACAACAACCACCACAACAACAACAAUCACAGAAACUACUGAGGAAAAAACCUUCAAGGGAAUCAGAAAAGAUGUCAACUUGACUGAACUAGUUGAAUCAAAGAUUAUUGAUGAGGAACUCUACAAGAAGAUUGUUGAUGAAGAUGUCACAGUGGCUGAAGUCAGUGAAAUGGAUUCAGUACGUAAGUACCUUGAAGGAACCAACAGCAUUGCAGGAGUGUACAUCCAGUCCACCAAGGAGACGCUGAGCAUCUAUGAAGCCAAAGGCCGAGGUCUACUGACUCCUGGUACCUCUCUGGUUCUGCUGGAAGCCCAAGCCGCCACUGGUUUCAUGAUCGACCCAGUAAAGAACAAGAAACUUUCUGUAGAGGAAGCUGUUGGUCAAAAACUGGUUGGUAAAGAAUGGAAGGACAAACUGAUAUCAGCAGAAAGAGCGGUCACAGGAUACAAAGAUCCCUACACUGGAAACACAAUUUCUUUGUUCCAGGCCCUGAAGAAAGAUCUGAUUGUUAAGGAUCACGGGAUCCGUCUUCUGGAGGCGCAGAUUGCAACAGGAGGAAUAAUAGAUCCAGUCCACAGUCACAGGGUGCCUGUACAGGUGGCAUACCAAAGAGGUUACUUUGAUGAAGAGAUGAACCAUAUCUUAUCUGAUCCAGAUGAUGACACCAAGGGUUUCUUUGACCCCAACACCAAGGAGAACCUUACAUACCUCCAGCUGAUCGAGAGAUGUAUUACAGAUCCUGCUACAGGUCUCAGUUUACUGGUCAUUGUAAAGAAAGGCGAGUUCUACUUCUUUGUUGAUGAGGCCACAAAGGUCAUCCUAAAGUCUACAACAACAACCAAAGCUGGAGGAAAAUACAAAGGUACCACAGUUUCUCUGUGGGAUUUGCUUUACUCCAAAUACAUCACCGAGGAAAAGAGGAGAGAUCUUGUCCAGCAGUUCAAAGCUGGAACACUCACCAUCGACCACUUCUUGGAAAUCAUCUUGUCCAUCAUUCAGCAGAAGACCACAACAACAACCACCACAACAAUCACAGAAACUACUGAGGAAAAAACCUUCAAGGGAAUCAGAAAAGAUGUCAACUUGACUGAACUAGUUGAAUCAAAGAUUAUUGAUGAGGAACUCUACAAGAAGAUUGUUGAUGAAGAUGUCACAGUGGCUGAAGUCAGUGAAAUGGAUUCAGUACGUAAGUACCUUGAAGGAACCAACAGCAUUGCAGGAGUGUACAUCCAGUCCACCAAGGAGACGCUGAGCAUCUAUGAAGCCAAAGGCCGAGGUCUACUGACUCCUGGUACCUCUCUGGUUCUGCUGGAAGCCCAAGCCGCCACUGGUUUCAUGAUCGACCCAGUAAAGAACAAGAAACUUUCUGUAGAGGAAGCUGUUGGUCAAAAACUGGUUGGUAAAGAAUGGAAGGACAAACUGAUAUCAGCAGAAAGAGCGGUCACAGGAUACAAAGAUCCCUACACUGGAAACACAAUUUCUUUGUUCCAGGCCCUGAAGAAAGAUCUGAUUGUUAAGGAUCACGGGAUCCGUCUUCUGGAGGCGCAGAUUGCAACAGGAGGAAUAAUAGAUCCAGUCCACAGUCACAGGGUGCCUGUACAGGUGGCAUACCAAAGAGGUUACUUUGAUGAAGAGAUGAACCAUAUCUUAUCUGAUCCAGAUGAUGACACCAAGGGUUUCUUUGACCCCAACACCAAGGAGAACCUUACAUACCUCCAGCUGAUCGAGAGAUGUAUUACAGAUCCUGCUAUAGGUCUCAGUUUACUGGUCAUUGUAAAGAAAGGCGAGUUCUACUUCUUUGUUGAUGAGGCCACAAAGGUCAUCCUAAAGUCUACAACAACAACCAAAGCUGGAGGAAAAUACAAAGGUACCACAGUUUCUCUGUGGGAUUUGCUUUACUCCAAAUACAUCACCGAGGAAAAGAGGAGAGAUCUUGUCCAGCAGUUCAAAGCUGGAACACUCACCAUCGACCACUUCUUGGAAAUCAUCUUGUCCAUCAUCCAGCAGAAGACCACAACAACAACAACCACCACAACAACAACAAUCACAGAAACUACUGAGGAAAAAACCUUCAAGGGAAUCAGAAAAGAUGUCAACUUGACUGAACUAGUUGAAUCAAAGAUUAUUGAUGAGGAACUCUACAAGAAGAUUGUUGAUGAAGAUGUCACAGUGGCUGAAGUCAGUGAAAUGGAUUCAGUACGUAAGUACCUUGAAGGAACCAACAGCAUUGCAGGAGUGUACAUCCAGUCCACCAAGGAGACGCUGAGCAUCUAUGAAGCCAAAGGCCGAGGUCUACUGACUCCUGGUACCUCUCUGGUUCUGCUGGAAGCCCAAGCCGCCACUGGUUUCAUGAUCGACCCAGUAAAGAACAAGAAACUUUCUGUAGAGGAAGCUGUUGGUCAAAAACUGGUUGGUAAAGAAUGGAAGGACAAACUGAUAUCAGCAGAAAGAGCGGUCACAGGAUACAAAGAUCCCUACACUGGAAACACAAUUUCUUUGUUCCAGGCCCUGAAGAAAGAUCUGAUUGUUAAGGAUCACGGGAUCCGUCUUCUGGAGGCGCAGAUUGCAACAGGAGGAAUAAUAGAUCCAGUCCACAGUCACAGGGUGCCUGUACAGGUGGCAUACCAAAGAGGUUACUUUGAUGAAGAGAUGAACCAUAUCUUAUCUGAUCCAGAUGAUGACACCAAGGGUUUCUUUGACCCCAACACCAAGGAGAACCUUACAUACCUCCAGCUGAUCGAGAGAUGUAUUACAGAUCCUGCUACAGGUCUCAGUUUACUGGUCAUUGUAAAGAAAGGCGAGUUCUACUUCUUUGUUGAUGAGGCCACAAAGGUCAUCCUAAAGUCUACAACAACAACCAAAGCUGGAGGAAAAUACAAAGGUACCACAGUUUCUCUGUGGGAUUUGCUUUACUCCAAAUACAUCACCGAGGAAAAGAGGAGAGAUCUUGUCCAGCAGUUCAAAGCUGGAACACUCACCAUCGACCACUUCUUGGAAAUCAUCUUGUCCAUCAUUCAGCAGAAGACCACAACAACAACCACCACAACAAUCACAGAAACUACUGAGGAAAAAACCUUCAAGGGAAUCAGAAAAGAUGUCAACUUGACUGAACUAGUUGAAUCAAAGAUUAUUGAUGAGGAACUCUACAAGAAGAUUGUUGAUGAAGAUGUCACAGUGGCUGAAGUCAGUGAAAUGGAUUCAGUACGUAAGUACCUUGAAGGAACCAACAGCAUUGCAGGAGUGUACAUCCAGUCCACCAAGGAGACGCUGAGCAUCUAUGAAGCCAAAGGCCGAGGUCUACUGACUCCUGGUACCUCUCUGGUUCUGCUGGAAGCCCAAGCCGCCACUGGUUUCAUGAUCGACCCAGUAAAGAACAAGAAACUUUCUGUAGAGGAAGCUGUUGGUCAAAAACUGGUUGGUAAAGAAUGGAAGGACAAACUGAUAUCAGCAGAAAGAGCGGUCACAGGAUACAAAGAUCCCUACACUGGAAACACAAUUUCUUUGUUCCAGGCCCUGAAGAAAGAUCUGAUUGUUAAGGAUCACGGGAUCCGUCUUCUGGAGGCGCAGAUUGCAACAGGAGGAAUAAUAGAUCCAGUCCACAGUCACAGGGUGCCUGUACAGGUGGCAUACCAAAGAGGUUACUUUGAUGAAGAGAUGAACCAUAUCUUAUCUGAUCCAGAUGAUGACACCAAGGGUUUCUUUGACCCCAACACCAAGGAGAACCUUACAUACCUCCAGCUGAUCGAGAGAUGUAUUACAGAUCCUGCUACAGGUCUCAGUUUACUGGUCAUUGUAAAGAAAGGCGAGUUCUACUUCUUUGUUGAUGAGGCCACAAAGGUCAUCCUAAAGUCUACAACAACAACCAAAGCUGGAGGAAAAUACAAAGGUACCACAGUUUCUCUGUGGGAUUUGCUUUACUCCAAAUACAUCACCGAGGAAAAGAGGAGAGAUCUUGUCCAGCAGUUCAAAGCUGGAACACUCACCAUCGACCACUUCUUGGAAAUCAUCUUGUCCAUCAUUCAGCAGAAGACCACAACAACAACAACAAUCACAGAAACUACUGAGGAAAAAACCUUCAAGGGAAUCAGAAAAGAUGUCAACUUGACUGAACUAGUUGAAUCAAAGAUUAUUGAUGAGGAACUCUACAAGAAGAUUGUUGAUGAAGAUGUCACAGUGGCUGAAGUCAGUGAAAUGGAUUCAGUACGUAAGUACCUUGAAGGAACCAACAGCAUUGCAGGAGUGUACAUCCAGUCCACCAAGGAGACGCUGAGCAUCUAUGAAGCCAAAGGCCGAGGUCUACUGACUCCUGGUACCUCUCUGGUUCUGCUGGAAGCCCAAGCCGCCACUGGUUUCAUGAUCGACCCAGUAAAGAACAAGAAACUUUCUGUAGAGGAAGCUGUUGGUCAAAAACUGGUUGGUAAAGAAUGGAAGGACAAACUGAUAUCAGCAGAAAGAGCGGUCACAGGAUACAAAGAUCCCUACACUGGAAACACAAUUUCUUUGUUCCAGGCCCUGAAGAAAGAUCUGAUUGUUAAGGAUCACGGGAUCCGUCUUCUGGAGGCGCAGAUUGCAACAGGAGGAAUAAUAGAUCCAGUCCACAGUCACAGGGUGCCUGUACAGGUGGCAUACCAAAGAGGUUACUUUGAUGAAGAGAUGAACCAUAUCUUAUCUGAUCCAGAUGAUGACACCAAGGGUUUCUUUGACCCCAACACCAAGGAGAACCUUACAUACCUCCAGCUGAUCGAGAGAUGUAUUACAGAUCCUGCUACAGGUCUCAGUUUGUUAUCAUUAAAAAAGUAAAUUCAGUUAAAAAUUACAAGUGAAUCUAACAAGUAUUGUCACUUUCAGUCUGAACUUUAUUAUUUCUUAUUACUUAUUUCAUUUCACCAGAGCUGGAAUCCAAACCAGCAUCUUAUCUGUGAUAGAAAAUUCCUACGUUUGUGUUAGUCAUAAAUUACAGUCGUGAAUAAGAUGAAGCUUUAACACUUUUCAUGAGUACUCGAAUGUCAAAGGAAAAUUAAAAUUAAAGGGAUUUGUUUUUGCGUCUAUUACCUAAUAAUCUGCUUGUUAACUGUUUAAAUGGGUUCCACGUUUUGUUUGUCUUGGAAAUGAUGGUUAUUGUUCAAUCACAUAGUUCUCUUUGCAUAAAGUUUUCAGUUUCUUCUCUGGGGUCAAAUGUGAUUGUUUUGUGGAUGUAAUUGGAACAAGGGAAGACUUUUCCACCUUAUAUGAGGUCCAAUAAAAUGAUGCAAUGUUUA